UUUAACAACUUAGUUAAAAGCUACUUUUAUCAGUUAUCUUUAUUAAUUAUUGAGUUCUACUGAAUUUUUGGUGGAAUUUAAACUGUUUAAAAUUUUGACGUUGAAGGAUUCGUCUUUUUAAUUUUUAAUAAUAACACUUAGCUGAAUAAUUAUUUUUUUGAACAUUCAUUAAAUUGAUCAAUCAUGUCUGGUCGUACACCCCAACGAAAUGGAUCUACAACGCCUAGAGAAGGUCGAACACCCUCAAGAAAUGGUAUUACCACACCAAGAACUAAUGGUAAUGCUACACUAAGUGCUAAUGGUAUUUCACCUCUCACUAGAACACCUGGUUCUAUUAGUAGCCGUCGAGGUGUAAUUUCAGAAGCAUCUUCUCCUGCACGCCAUUUUAUGACUAGCCCUUUACAAGGUUUACAUACUAGUGAAGUUGAUUUAAGUUCACCUAUUAAUUAUGGAUCUCCAUUAAGCUCUGUAGAUUCACGAGCUACUGGCUUUACUGCACGUAGUACUAGCUCAAUUCAACGGAAUAAUUUAUCAGUUAAUCGUCGUCAUAGACAAGUUGACAUUAGAUCUUUUGAAAAUGGUGUACCUAGAUCAGAUACUGAUACUCAAGAUGUUGCUUCUAAUUUAGUUAUUUGGGGAACAGAUGUAGUUGUUGAUAGAUGUCGAACAAGAUUUCAAACUUUUAUUGAAACAUAUUGUGUUAAUGAAAAUGAGCUGCCUCAUUAUAUGACAAAACUUGAUAAUGUUUUAGAAAUGGAAAUACCUUAUGUAGAUAUAAAUUGUAGUCAUCUGUAUCAGUUUGAUCCUGAGCUAUAUCACCAAUUAAUUUGUUAUCCUCAAGAAGUUAUACCAGUUUUUGAUACUGUUGUAAAUGAAGUAUUUUUUGCCAAGUAUCCUGCUGCUGAUUUAACUCAUGUAACAAAAGCAUUGCAAGUUCGUCCAUUUAACGUACAAAAAACAAAAAAUAUGAGAUUCUUAAACCCAGAAGAUAUGGAUCAAUUAAUUACAGUUUCAGGUAUGGUAAUCCGUUGCAGUGAUAUUAUUCCAGAAAUGCGAGAUGCAUUUUUCCGUUGCAUUGUUUGUUCUUACACAACUAUUGUUGAAAUUGAUCGAGGCAACAUAGCAGAACCUACACUUUGUCCUCAUUGUAAUACUAAUCACUGUUUUGAAUUAAUCCAUAACCAGUCUCACUUUACUGACAAACAGUUAACUAAACUUCAAGAAUCUCCUGAAGAAAUGCCAGCUGGACAAACUCCACAUACUGUAAAUUUGUACUCUUAUAAUGAGUUAAUUGAAACUGUUCAAGCUGGUGAUCGUGUUUCAGUUACUGGCAUUUAUCGAGCUGUUCCAAUGCAAGUUAAUCCUAAAAUGAGAAAUUUCAGAAGUGUUUAUCGAACUCAUGUUGAUGUUCUUCAUUUUUUAAAAUGUAAUGAUAGUCGUAUAGCUUUUUCUGUUGAAGAAAAAAAUAAAUUAACUGAAGAACGUAUUGAAGUAUUACAGCAACUAUCUAAAACAGAAGAUAUUUAUGAUAGGUUAUCUAAUACGUUAGCACCAUCUAUUUAUGAAAACAGCGAUAUAAAAAAAGGUAUAUUAUUACAAUUGUUUGGUGGUACUAGAAAAACUUCUAAAUCUAACAAACACUUGCGAUCAGAAAUCAACCUAUUGUUAUGUGGUGAUCCAGGUACUAGUAAAUCUCAAUUUUUAUCAUAUGUGUAUGAUAUUGUACCAAGAAGUCAAUAUACUAGUGGUAAAGGUUCAUCAGCAGUGGGUAUGACUGCCUAUGUUACUAAAGAUCCUGAAACUAGACAACUUGUUUUACAAACUGGUGCAUUAGUACUAGCCGACAAUGGAAUUUGUUGUAUUGAUGAAUUUGAUAAAAUGAGUGAAUCAGCUAGAAGUGUAUUGCACGAAGUCAUGGAACAACAAACAUUGAGUAUAGCAAAAGCUGGCAUUAUUUGUCAACUUAAUGCUAGAACUUCUAUUUUAGCUGCAGCAAAUCCAUGUGAAUCACAAUGGAACAAAAAUAAAACUAUCAUUGAAAAUAUACAAUUACCACACACUUUAUUGUCCAGGUUUGAUUUGAUAUUUUUAAUGUUAGAUCCUCAAAAUGAGCAAUAUGAUAGAAGAUUAGCUAAUCACUUAGUUUCACUAUAUUAUAAAAGUGAGAAUUAUGAACGAGAUGAACAAAUGGAUACAACUUUGCUACAAGAAUACAUAACAUAUGGUAGAGAAAAGUUUCAGCCUAUUUUAAAUGAAGAAAGUAGACAAAAACUUAUUCAAUAUUACGUCAAUAUGAGAACUGUUGGUAGUGGCAGAGGACAAGUGUCUGCUUAUCCAAGACAAUUGGAAUCUUUAAUAAGGCUGUCUGAAGCCCAUGCUAAAAUGAGGUAUUCAAAUGUAGUUGAAAUCGAAGAUGUAGAUGAAGCAUGGCGUUUGUAUAGAGAGGCAUUAAAGCAAAGUGCAACAGAUCCCUUAUCUGGUAAGAUUGAUGUUGGUAUUUUAACAACGGGGCUUAGCUCUGCAGCACGACAAAGACGACAUGAUCUUUCAGAUUAUUUAGCCAAAGUCAUAAGUAAUGAGGCAAAAUCAACUGUUUUUAACUAUCAAAAAUUAUUAAAUGAAACAAAAUUAGCUUUCCAAUUUCAAGUUACAAGAGAUAUGUUUGAUGAUGCUCUUAAAGAAGUCCAAGAUAUGGGCCGUAUUAUCAUUACUGGGAGAACAUCAAUUCGUAGCAUUUAAUUUAUUUAAAUUUAAUAAAUUUUUUACAACUAAAAAUGAUUUUUAUUUACUUUUUAACAUUAACUUAGUGUUAUUGUUAAAGAAUAAGAUUUUUUAAGUCUCUUAAAUUAUGUAGUAUAUUGAUAUUAUCAGUAUUUUUAAGUUCUAUUUUUAUACCUUCUAUAUGAAUACCAUACUAAAAAUUUUCUUUUGAAAUAAUCUGAAAUUUGUUUAAUUAGAUCCCAAGAAAAAAUAUUUUUCAAGCUUUUUAACCAAAACUUACAUAAUUUCUUAAUUGCAUAUUACAAAUGUUAUUUAAAUAACAAAUAAAGUAUUAUAUAUAUUUGUAUACUUUUAAUCUAAAAUUAAUUCUGCUAUAUAUACGAGUAAGAAAAAUGAAUAUACAUUCAUUCUACAUUGUCCUAUUAUAUUAUAUUAUACAACAUGAUUUUAUCAAAACUGAACUUUUAUUAACAUUUAAAACAAUAUAAACGGUAAAAAAUAGUUUUUUAAUUGUAGAAUUCAUUAAAAAUAAAAGUGUUUGAUUGUUUUUUUUU